UCCACUACUACAAGUACAGCAGCUGGCCGAAAAGCAGACCAACCCAGCUCACGCACGCACCACGGCUAGACGCGAGACCGCACUUACCACCAUCGACAAAGCAACAAUAGCAACAAAGAUAACACAGUGCCGACCGGAGAACACAGUCCACGGGAACGUUAUUUACUGUCCAUAUCAUCUCCUGCAAGUGGGCGCGUUCCGCGAAGUUGCACACGGGCGGUCUAUUCCACUCCAGCUGCAGAAGCGUUUUGGCCGCUCGCUCGCGCGCGCACGCACGCACGCAAGCGCCCACCCGCCCGCGCGCCCCAAUGUCUGUCCGCAGCGGAGUCCGCGCGCGCGACCCGCGGGCCCCGCGCGCGUGCCCGUAGGAGCGACGGCCGUGCGGUGGCCCCGAGCAAAACAGAGCCAUGCGGCGUGGAUCCGUGAGCGCAGCCCCCGGACCUCUCUACACCGAGUCCCCACUAUUUGAUGGACGCAGCCGUAACAGCGGAGCAAAAUGCCUGUGAUGAAGGGACUGCUCGCUCCGCAGAACACCUUUCUGGAUACCAUCGCCACCCGCUUUGAUGGGACACACAGUAACUUCGUGCUGGGCAAUGCACAGGUGCCGCAGGGCUACCCCAUCGUGUACUGCUCCGACGGCUUCUGCGAGCUCACGGGCUUCUGCCGCACGGAGGUGAUGCAGCGCAGCUGCGUCUGCUCCUUCCUGCACGGCGCCGACACGCCGGCCGCGCUGGCGCACCAGCUGGAGUGCGCGCUCGACGCGCAGGAGGAGGUCAAGAACGAGAUUGUCUUCUACAAGAAAAGUGGAGUGCCGUUUUGGUGCCUGCUGGACAUCGUCCCAAUCAAGAACGAGAAGCGAGAGGUGGUGCUGUACCUGGCCUCCUUCAAGGACAUCUCCGAGAGCAAGCGUGGCUCCGUGCAGGAUGGAGCCCCCAAGGAACCUGAGGGGAGGCAGCAACAGAAGGGCGAAACGGGAUCCAGCUUCCGCGUGAACCGCCGGCGGAGCCGCGCCGUUCUCUACCACCUGUCGGGGCACCUGCAGCGGCACGACAACCACAAAAUCAAGAUCAAGAACAAAGAGGCUGCAGGGCAAGGCCAGAGGGCCCGCACGUGCUGGGCCGCCUGUUCACAGCCCUUCAACGUGUUUGGUGAGAAGGCAGCGCUGCCCGAGUACAAGGUUGCGGCGGCGCAGCGCUCACGCUUCAUCCUGCUGCACUACGGCACAUUCAAGGCCGGCUGGGACUGGCUCAUCCUUCUUGCCACCUUCUACGUGGCCGUCACGGUGCCCUACAACGUGUGCUUUGCCGGCUCGGACGAGCAGCCCGCCACGUCGCGCAGCACCACCGUCAGCGACAUCGCUGGCGAGAUCCUCUUCAUCAUCGACAUCAUGCUCAACUUCCGAACCACUUACGUGAGCCGCUCGGGCCAGGUGGUGUACGACGGGCGCUCCGUCUGCCUCCACUACGUCAGCACGUGGUUCUUCGUGGACCUCAUCGCCGCGCUGCCCUUUGACCUCCUCUACGCAUUAAACAUCUCUGUGGCCUCGGUGGUGCACCUGUUGAAGACAGUGCGGCUGCUGCGCCUGUUGCGGUUGCUGCAGAAGCUGGACCGCUACUCUCAGUACAGCGCCGUGGUACUCACCAUGCUCAUGUCCAUGUUUGCGCUACUCGCUCACUGGAUGGCCUGCAUCUGGUUCGUCAUCGGCUGCCAGGAGAUGAAGGCUCACCACCCCGUCAACUGGGACAUCGGCUGGCUGCACCAGCUGCGCAAGCGGCUGGAGGCGUCCGGCUCGGCCAACAGCAGCGUGUCACACUGCGGACCUCCCCUGCGCAGCGCCUACAUCACCUCUCUCUACUUCACGCUCAGCAGCAUCACCAGCGUUGGCUUCGGCAACGUCUCGGCCAACACCGACUCCGAAAAGAUCUUCUCCAUCUGCGCCAUGCUCAUUGGAGCGCUGAUGCACGCCGUGGUGUUUGGGAACGUGACGGCCAUCAUCCAGCGGAUGUACUCGCGCCGCUCGCUCUACCUCACGCGCACCAAGGACCUCAAGGAGUUUAUCCGCAUCCACGGCCUGCCCCAGCCACUCAAGCAGCGCAUGCUCGAGUACUUUCAGACGACGUGGUCCGUCAACAAUGGCAUUGACACCAACGAGCUUUUGAAGGACUUCCCGGAUGAGCUGCGGGCCGAUGUGACGAUGCACCUCAACAAGGAGAUGCUACAGCUGCCGCUGUUUGAGGCGGCGAGCCGCGGGUGCCUGCGCUCGCUCUCGCUCAACGUGAAAACGACGUUCUGUGCGCCGGGCGAGUACCUCAUGCGGCAGGGCGACGCGCUGCAGGCCUUCUGCUUCGUGCUGUCGGGCUCCAUGGAGGUGCUCAAGGACGGCACAGUGCUUGCAAUCCUCGGCAAGGGCGACCUCAUCGGCUGCGACGUGUCGAACCGGGGCGACGUGAUCAAGAGCAACGCGGAUGUGAAGGCGCUCACCUACUGCGACCUGCAGUGCAUCAACCUGCGCGGGCUGUGCACCGUGCUCAAGCUUUACCCCGAGUACGCGUGCCGCUUCCGGCAUGACAUCACGCGCGAGCUGACCUACAACCUGCGCGAGGGCCACUCCGCACAGGCCAGCUGCGAGAUCAACGGUGACAUUCCCGCACGGUUGCCCUCGAUCCAGGAGGACAAGGAGGAAGAGGAGGAGGAGGACGACGACGAUGACGGUGGCCCCGACGAGCACACUCCGCUGUCAGCCAACUCGAGCAGCAGUGGCUGCAGUGUCCAUGCGUCCUUCACACCGCGACCGUCCCCGCGCCCGUCAACACACGGCCUCUCACCUCGUGCGACCUCCCCUCCACACGGCGGCAGCACUUUCAUCCGCACGACGAUGGCCACGAUGGGCGUCACGCACCCAUCGGAGUACCCCAGCCGCGGGGGUGGCCUGGGCAUAAUGCAACCCCACGACAGGAGGUUCCCCAUGCGGAGCCGAGCGUUCGGCGUGAGUGCGCCGGAAUGCGCUGGGCGGGCGGCGAGGCCGGAGGUCGAGGAGCCGGGGCACUGGGGCGGCCUGCAGCUGUCGGCGCAGGGUCUCGGUCACGCUCAGCCGCUCAGCCCCAGGGUUGUUGAUGGCACUGAGGACACAGGAAGCUCCCAGAGGGUCAGGGGGUCAGCCAGCUUCACGGAUGUCGCCAUCGUCGCCGCCACACCCGCGAGCGGGUUUCACCUCGCUGCACAACAACCCCAUGCCAGGGGUUCAUCGGAUCUCGAGGAAAACCGGCAGAGCAUAAACCGGCUCAACGAGCAGAUGGACAACAUGUCGGGAGAGGUGUGCAGACUCAGCAGGGAUAUCAGGCACCUUUUGGAGAUGCUCAGGCCUGUUCUAAGGUCAGGGCCUCCAGGCUGGACCGCGGGUGUUGUCGUUAGCUCGUUCAACGGAAACGGAGAAGACUCCACCGCGGGGCCAGAGCAUCACCACCACGGACCCUCUUUCUCUCUCUUGGGCCACUGCGAGAGCGGAGAGGACAGAUUUCUGCCCACUGGUUCAGAGUUCCAGCAGCAGCAACAGCAGGCAUGCCUGCUGUCCAGCCGAGAGCGCGACAGACACGCCAUUGAAGGGGUCAGCGUUUUCCCGGCUGAUAGUGGCAAUCCGGGCUCUCACACCAUGCCCGGAGAAAACCUGCCAGGAGGAACGGCCUUGGAAUCUGACGGCCAGGAGACUCGGGGUCAAGAGGUCAGCGUUAGAGCAUUGCUUCUCCAAAGCGACGAGUCGUCACUCAGAACCAAAGGGAAGCCGCCCCCUGACUCGUCGAAGUGGCCUCAAGAUGCUCCCAGUGGAUCCAGCGACAGCCAAAGCCCUGAGAGUCGAGUGGGGGAUGCAAUUGCAAACACGGCCAAUGCGGUGUCGAUGUUGCACUCUGGUGACAGGGACACAUUCUCUAUGUGCGUGCUGAAAGGGCCUAUGGGACACCAGGUCAUCGACGUCGUCGAAUUCGCCGAUGAGGAGGGAACGAACGUGUAGAAAAAGCUAUGCCAACGGGACGUUAACGCACGACAGCUAUCCUGGCACUGCGAGAGAUAUGUGGGGCCUGGAUUUUCUAUCCAGCCAAGAUUGCAAAUAUGUCAUUUUGACCAAAGACUUUAACCUUUAUUUUGCUAAGCUAUCAAUGUAUGAAACACUGUAGAAUCGGCACAUUAACGAAUGGAAGCAACUGCUCUGUGGGCAGCUGCUGCUUUGCCAUGUAGUUGUAAAAGUGCUGAAAAUGUAAUGAAUUAUUUUAAAUAACUUACUGUCCAUUUUUUUUACCAUGGUGACAAAACGGUUACAACAUGGUGCUGCCAACGGCAGCCCUAUGACACGUCUAUUCAUGGGGUGCUUCUGAAACCAUGAUAAGCUGGAACCUGCAACUUUUUAAGUUGCGUUGCAAUUUAUAAACAUCUUCACGUAAAUCCAUUUGUACACUUAGUUGAAAUAACAAACAUCGGAUGCAGGUUGUAGCUAUUUUUUAAUAACAUUUAAUAACAUUUACAUAAUAUCGAUACACAUCUAUAAAAUGUUUAAUGGGAGGGAGGAGGGGUUUGCAACCAUGUAUGGAAAAGUGGUGGUCCAAAAGUUUUGGGAAGAAGAUGACAGGUGCAUCAACAUCAAGCUAUGCUUAUGUCGACACAUUCUUCAGUAAUAAUACACCAGAAUAAGCACAUUGAUGCUGGGGUUUUGAUUCGCCAGAAAGUACUUUCACCACAGAGAUGGAGCGGUAAAAUCAACAGAUAGAUUGUUGCAUCUCAAGACCAUGGGAGAUUUCGAUUUAAAGCGUUCGUGACUGCAGGCAUUCAUAUUAUUGGAUCUUUCAGUAAAGUCACGUAGAAGGGAAAUAAUAAAAUAAUAAAAAUGAAACAAUACAAUUCUCACGACGUUUCG